AUGGAAGUUUGCGAGGGCGUGAGCCCGGCUGAGAUCAAGUUGGUCCGGAAGUUGGAUUGGAUUAUCUUGCCAGUCCUUUGGGUUAUGUAUUGGUUCAAUUACCUUGAUCGAAACGCUAUUACCGUAGCUCGCUUAGAUGGCAUCGAGAACGAGCUCAACCUGACCUCGACUAAGUACCAGACCUGCGUCUCCAUACUCUUCGUUGGAUAUAUCCUAGGACAAAUUCCGAGUAACAUGUUGAUAACAAGAGUCAGGCCGUCCUGGUUUAUGGCAUCAACUAUGGCCCUUUGGUCAAUUGUUAGUGCCGUGACAGGUGUAACAAAAGAUUUUAAAGGACUACUUUUAACUCGAUUCUUCCUUGGCAUUACUGAAGCGCCGUUCUACCCCGGUGCCCUGUAUUUGCUUGGAAUCUUCUACACCAGAAAGGAAAUUGCGACACGAAUAUCCAUACUCUUCACGGCUAACAUCUGUGGCACUGCUUUCGCUGGCCUCAUAGCCAUCGGGGUAUUCCAAAUGGACCAGAUGGCUGGUCUUAGCGGAUGGCGAUGGCUGUUCAUACUCCAGGGUAUCAUCAGCUUCAUCAUUUCGGUUUCAUCGGCCUUUCUGUUGCCUGACCAGCCGCUCGACACUCGCUGGCUCAGUGAGGAGGAAAGGAGGCUUGCGCACUCCCGAGUUGCAGUUGAUACGGUUCAACUCCAGGCGAACACCAGCACCUGGACCGGUCUCUCUGAAGCCUCUCGGGAUCCACGUCUUUGGGUUCUGGUGGCGAUGCAGCAUUUGCACCUCAGCGCAUCGGGAUACAAGAACUUCUUUCCAACAAUUGUCGAAACACUGGGUUUCGGCCGAAACGUCACCCUCGCCUUAACAUGCCCCCCUUACAUCAUCUCCGGCAUUGCAACCAUCGCAUGGGCUGCCAGCUCAGGUCACUUCAACGAAAGAGUCUGGCAUAUUACCAUUGCCAAAGCCGUCGCGGUCUUUGGCUUCGUCUUGGCCUGCAGUACUCUGAAUGUCGGUGCGAGAUACUUUGCGAUGUGUACCUUUGCCAGCGGUGUCUAUGCUUGUAACUCUAUCAUUCUCGGCUGGGUCUUGAGUACCUGUGGACAAACGAGGGAGAAAAAGGCCGUUUCUCUCGCGUUGGUCAACACAAUUGCCACCAUCGGGUCAAUAUACACCCCAUAUCUCUGGCCUGAAUCAGAUGCACCUCGAUAUACCACGGCUAUGCUGUCUAGCGCUGCUUUCUCUGUGGCAGCCGCGAUUAUGGCGUGGGUAUUGAAAUGGAUGCUGGUUAAGGAGAACAGAAGAAUAUCGCGUUCAGGCAAUCAGGGCACGCUUCUGUACAGUCACUGA